GGAUCACAACAUCCCUGUCGAGAUUCAAGGCCCAGAGCGGGGUUUUGAGUGAUAUUGUCAGAACCAACACGCAAAUCAACGACCAACAAACCAAUCACUAUCAAGUGUCUAUGCCCAGCAUGUCUCACGCAGAGAAAACGCAAUACGAUUCGUUCGCGCCCAAGUAUGCGUCUGUGGAGGAAUUGCCCUGUUCGAAACUGGAGGGGCAGCUUGUGAGGAAUGCUUUGGGGGAUUGUACUGGCUUGAAGGUACUGGAUCUUGGCGGUGGAAGCGGACUUCAUGCGAGGAGGGCGAUUGAUGCCGGGGCUAGUGUUGUUGAUGUUGUUGACAUAUCGCCUGAGAUGAUGAAAGCGGGUGAGGAGAUUGAGCAGAGCCUUGGACGAAAGGAUCGCAUUCGUUGGUUCGAAGCUGAUGUCACCAAGCCGGUCGCAGAGCAAGUCAAGUUGGAGGAGAGAUACGACAUCGUCAUGGCUAAUUGGGUUUUCGAUCAUGCCACCUCCGUUUCAGAGUUGAGAAGCAUGUAUGAGAAUGUCGUCAAGAGCUUGAAGUCUGGCGGAAAGUUCAUCGGCGUGAGGUCAAAGAGCAUCCGCGCCAAUUACAUGAGCUACGGAAAAUACGGUGUCACCUUUACCGAUGUCACGGAGAUCCCUGGCGGACUGAGGUACCAGGUCAACUGUGUGACCGAACCACCGUUCUCAUUUGAGGCAACUUCAAUGGAAUCGACUUUCUCGCUCUCUGAUGACAUUGGAAAGGAACUCGGACUGGUUGAGAUACAUGUUGCCCCAGCCGAAGAGACGGAGCUUGUCAAGAAUGACCGCGAGUUCUGGGAGGAUUAUCUCAAGGACUCUAACUUUGUUGUUGUAGUGGCUAAGAAGGCGUAAAGCGUGUUCCAAUAUGAGUUAUCCUAGUAUACAAUGUCUACUCCUUGUUCCCCAUGUACGGAAAUAUUAUCCGUUGUCCUUUCUCCACUAUAGCCUGCA